AUGAGCAAACGAAAGCAAUUCACCAUCGAAGAAAAGGCAAAUGUCAUUUUUCGUUUAAAAAAAGGUGAAAAAAAUUCCGACAUAGCUAAUGAAUUAGGCGUAGGUCACUCUACAAUUUCCAACAUAUGGAAAGCUCGAGACAAAAUCGAACAAGAGUUUCAAAAUGAAAAAUUAUCAGUUAAGAAACUCAGAAAUUGUACACAUACAGAUUUAGAUAAUGUUUUAUUACGAUGGUUUAAAAAUCAAAGAAAUCUAUGCAUUCCAAUUAAUGGACCAAUUCUUCAACAGAAAGCCAAUGAAUUAGCUGAAGGCCUUGGUAAGCAUAGUUUUAAUUGUUCCACUGGUUGGAUUCAAAGAUUUAGAGCGAGGCAUAAUAUUGUGUUUUCAACAAUAAGCGGAGAAUCAAAUUCGGUCAAUACUGAAAUAACACAAAAUUGGCUCGAAAAAGUAUGGCCUGAAUUACGAGAAGGAUACACAGAUGACCAAAUUUAUAAUGCAGAUGAGACUGGACUUUUUUACAGAAUGCUUCCAUUAUUCUCUGGAAUAGUUUUUCUUUAA